AUGGACACAACUUUCAACCUUGUUGUUCUGGAAUUCGAAUUGCCCGCUGAUGAGAUUCUCAAUGUCUACGGCACAUACGGCGAUAUUAUUUCCCAUUGUCUACACAAAUGCUGGCGUUACCAUCCAAAUGCGUCGCCAACGUUGAGAAUUUUAAAAUGGAGCGUCUUUGAAGAAGAUGCGCUGCCUCCGUGGAACGAAAUCCAUGGUCUUCUCCUACUAGGAAGCAAGUACACAGCCUCUGAUGACGAUCCAUGGGUUAUAUCUUUGGUAAAAUUGGUUCAGAUGGCGUAUAUAAUGAACAUACCAAUGAGUGGGGUGUGCUAUGGUCAUCAAAUAAUUGCACGGGCUCUGGGUGGUAAGAUAUCGCGUAACCCAGCAGGGUGGGAACUCGGCGUUUGCAAAAUGGACAUGACAUCCAUAGGCCAAAAGCUCUUCGGAAAGGAUGCUCUUAUGGUUCACCAAAUGCAUAGAGAUGCUGUGGUUGAAGUUCCUCCAAACAUCGAUGUCCUUGCUUCAAGUUGUUCCUGCAAGGUUCAGAUGAUGUUCCAACCGGGGAGAGUUCUCACGAUUCAGGGACAUCCAGAAUUUGAUUCAAGAAUCUCAAAAUCUUGGCUAGAUCAAAGAUACAAGGAGGGCUUGGUGGAACAAGAACUUUAUAAUUAUGCACUAACAAAGCUCAAUCUGGAGCAUGAUGGAAUGGAAAUACUGCAAGCGAUGCGCAAAUUUCUACUUGGAACAUCCAUAUAG